AUGUCGAUGCAGGAGAUGCCGGCUCGCGGCGGCAAGCGCAAGGUGAAGGGCCACGCGCAGGCGCGGCCGGUUAUCAGCGCACCGCGCGGCACCAUCAAACCGCACAAGAACUUCGACGAAGAGGAGGCGACGAGCCAGGCCAAGAAGCUGCGCCGCGCGCUGCGCAAGCCUGUCGACAUGGCCACUGUCAUCGGCAUCCUGACCAAGUACACGCUGGAGGAGCGCAAAUACCUGAGCGACGUGUACAACGCGCAGUACGGCGGGUGCCUGCUGGACGCGGUGCAGAGUGAGAGCAACUUUAGCCUGCGCGAGACGCUACUGGCGCUGCUACAGUGGCAGAACCAGUACCUGGCUGACUGGGCUCACCGCGCCAUGAAGGGGCUCGGCACCAACGAGAAGGCGCUGAUCGAGCUGUUCUGCGGCCGCACGCAAGCCGAGAUCCAGGACGUGGUGAAGACCUACCACCGGCUGCACGGCCGGUCGCUGGAGGCGGCGCUGCGUAGCGAGCUGAGCGGCGACUUCCUGCGCCUGUUCCUGGGCCUGACGCAGCUGGAGCGGCAGCAGGACGCCGUGGUCGGCGACAACCGGGCACGUGAGCUGGCGGAGGAGCUGUACGCCGCGGGCGAGGCGCGCCGCGGCAAGGAUGCCGACGUGUUCGUCCGCAUCUUCUGCACCACCGACUACGCGCUACUGCGCAAGGUGUUCGCGGUGUACCCGGAGGUGAGCGCGCGCGGCAGCAGCAUCGAGAAGGCGAUCCGCUCCGAGUUCGGUGGCGACAUGAAGGCGGGGUUACUUACCAUGGCCCAGUGCAUCACCGACCAGCCCAGCUACUUCGCCGAGAAGCUGUACCGGGCCAUGCGAGGGUUGGGAACGGACGACAGCACCCUCAUCCGCAUCCUGGUCACCCGCUCGGAGAUCGACCUGGAGAACAUCAAGGAGGCGUAUCAGCUGCGCUAUGGCAAGAGCCUGGCGGCGGCAGUGGCUGACGACACCUCCGGAGAGUACAAGAAGUGCCUGCUGGCUAUCAUCAAGUCCUGGACGUAG